AAACGACACAUCAUCAGACUAAACAAAACGAACGAGUAAGUAACACGUAAACAUGAAAUCUUGACAAAUGUUCAGUGAAAUUAUCCGCUAAUGCGGCAGUUUUUUUCUUAAAAUCUGGAAUCGACUUAAGACCGAAAAAAUGACAACGCUACAGCCUCAAACGAUUGUGAUCAAGACACUGCCGGCGAAGACGCCGACAACAUUGACGGUGACAAGCCAGCUGGAGCACGAUAUGCUGGAUGACCUCUACGGGGACGAUGGACCCCGAAAACGCCGACGGUUGACACAUCUCUCGCAGGAAGAAAAGCUUUUGAGAAGGAAAUUAAAGAAUCGGGUGGCAGCUCAGACAGCAAGGGACAGGAAGAAAAAUUUUAUGAGUGAACUGGAACAAAAAGUGGCAGAACUUGAGAGGGAAAACAAAAAAUUACAACAGGAGAACAAAGCCUUAAAAUCAGAAUCAGGCACAUUGCAGAAGCAGAAUCAGCAAUUGAAGGGCCGACUAUGUGAGCUUGGUUGUGGGUCCGUUAAGACAGAGGUGGUACCAGGAUCAGCAGCAUCCGCUGGCCUUCAGCAGCAAGGGCAGAUCCCACCUGUGUCAUACUGGACCAACACUUACACAGCUUCAAUGUUGACUCUAAGCCUGACACUCUUGUUAGCAUCCUCCCAGCCAUCAAUCAGUCGCAAAUCUCCAACAAAAGUUCUGUCUCCACGGUUGAGAUCUCAUCCCUACCUGGAUCUCCCGGAAACCAUGGCAACACAGAAGAAACGAGCAUGGUGGGGCCCUCAUCAACAGAGCUGGAAUCCUUCAAAGAACUGAUGCAAUUUGAUCAUGUCUAUUUUAAGCCCCAGCCCAAGGGCAAGACAAACUCAUCUGGUCAAAUUAAAGUUUCUCCAAAUGUGUUAAGCAAAAAUAAAACUGUACGAAGUGUUCUGAAAGUGACUGAAAAUGGCAGUAAUGUGAAAAAUGUGCAAGUUGUUAUUACCUCCGACUUACCUGAUGUACAGUUUGUGAAAGACUGCAAUUCAGUAUCACAGACUAACCAGUCAGACUCUUUUGAAACCAUUAAUGUUGAUGAUUAUGACAGCGACAUGUUAAACAAUUUGAACUUUGACCUUUUGGAUGACCUCGAAAACAUCUUGAAAGCUGAUACGGAAGGUUUGACCUGCCCUAAAGAUAGUUAUUUUCAGUCUCAAACAGGUGACAAUGGACUCGUUUUAAACGAAAGUAAUUCUCGAGGACAGAAGAGGAAAGUGAAUGAGAUUGAAGCAAUUGUUGACACUCUUACAUGUGAUGUUCCUGAGAAGGCAUUGUCAGUAGAUUCGGACUACAUUAGUGAUGUUCCUUCUCCAUACAGUACUGGUUCCCCAUAUAGCGUACAUGAUUCUGGGUCACCUUUAACUGACACAAACAUUGAAUCACCUCUAGCCGGCAGUGUUUGGGAGGAAUCGUUCACGGAGCUAUUUCCUGAUCUUAUGUAAUAUACAUCUCUUCUGACUGUUACAGGACACUUUUCACACAUUUUACUUUUCUCAUUAACUUACAAAUUCAACAGAAGUCAAUGAGAAAACAUGUUUCCAUGGAAACCUUUGUCUUGACAUAUUCAUUUGAACAAUAAUGAGAAAUUGUUUAAAGGUAUAUGGGAAGAUUAUUAUUUCCGUGAUCUGUUGUCAUGGAAACAUUGAUAAUUUAGCCAAGAAAACGGCAUAACAUACUGAUUUAUUGUGUUAAAGAGUGGCAGUAAUUGUUUCAUCUUUCAUUCAUGAUUUUAUUUGUUCAGAUUAAUGUUAUUUGUUCAGAUUAAUGUUAUAUAUAUUUAUUAUGUCAUUUGAACCAUUAGUCCUUUUUUGUGAUUUGAAAAUAAAUUGAAAUGGGCUGGUGCAAAA